AUGCGGCGGUUCAUCCGGUCCGUGCGCGAGGUUCGAGGAUGGUUCGGCGCGAUCGCGAUGUUCCUGUGCUUCCUCAUCGUGGGAAACUUCGCGAACGGGAACGGUGAUUUCGUCGACGCCGCAUCCAAGGCCCUCAUGGAGGCCAAACUGCUGCAAGUCGUCGACGGGCGGGAGUUCGCCCUAGACAGUGCGCAGGGCCUCUCGGGUGCGCGACCCGAGCGCCUGCUCUGUGCGGAGGAGGGAGGCGCGGCGUCCAAGUUCGAGGCGUUCCAGCCGGACUGUCCUGGCACGCUGACGCCUGAGCAGCGGCUCCGGGAGGCCGGGCUGGACUUCGCUUUCGACCCGGGGUGGCCGAGCCGGUACUGGUAUCGGCGGUUCUCCCGCGAGCAGCAAACACCGGAGCUCGUCUUCUACACCGCCCAGCAGUCGUCGUUCAACUUCACCGCGCGCGCCGUGGACGUCCUGCGCGAGGUCAUGGAGGAGACGCGCCCCAGGGAGGUGGACCAGUACUUCUACGUGUACAACCACGUGUCGCGGCGCGUGUUCCGCACGCAGCUGUUCUUCAGCGCCUGGCUCGCCACGACGCGGUACUCAAUCAGCACCAGCUUCUUCUCGCUCGACGUCGACGCGCUGACAGAAGGAUCGAGGACGAGCAACAUCAGGACCGCGUGGGGCGUGUUCCUGAUCUUGAUCGGUCUAUGGGUCAUGGUGGGCGAAUUUUACGAGAUCAGACAGACCCGCGAGUGGCUGCUGGUCAAUGACGACGAGCUCGAGAACCUCGACGGCGAGAAGGGGAAGGCCAAGCCGGGGCAGCGCUGGACCGUCUGGAAGAGAGCACUGUUCCUGCAUUUCAGGAACAACUUCGAGGUGGCGUUCUUCAACAUCUCGGACAUGGUGUUCGGCAUCGUCGCGAUCCUCGUGGCGGGGAUGGCCCUGCGCCCGCGAGGGUGGUACGACGACAUCGCAUUCUCGGCGCCGAAGACGCUGUCCGCCGAGGCCGCGGUGGACGAGGUCUGGGUGAACCUCAUCGACAGGGAGCUGUACUGGCAGCUGUGGUUCGAGAGCUCCGUGCUCUUCGGAGGCAUCCCCCUGUUGUACCUCCUCAUGACGGUCCGGGUGCUCAAGUUCUGCCGCUUCCACAUCGGCCUGUCCCUCGUCUCUCGUACCCUCACGCUGGCCGCGUACGAGCUGCAGGAUGUUGCUCUCAUCACGCUCGGCAUCAUCGCCGCCGUCGCCGCCUGCAUCUACUCCAUCGCGGGCGUUUUCGCGGGCCAUCCAAACUACACGAGCUUCGGCUACUCGUUCAGCAACACCGGUCUCCUCUCCUUUGGGUUUUACGACGCGUACGAUUUCUUAAAUCAGAGCCGGGGAGAGCGCUACGAGGGGCUAGGCGCCGGCAACGUGGCGAUUCUGCGAUAUAUUCUGCUCUGGCUGCUGCUCUUCCUGCUGUUCGUCGUCGUGCAGGUAUGA